CCCAGCCCAUUUCGGGCUCCCAUCCUUUCCCCAGAUGGAUCCCGAGUCUCCCCCCCGCGAUCUGGAGCUGUCGGCGCUGGAGGCCGAGAAGGAGCCGAUGGCGGCGGCGGCCGAACCCGAACCGGACCCGGAGCGGGACCCGGACCCCGAACCGGGAUCCCCCCCCCGCGCCCCCUCCCCUCCCCGCGCCCCCGCCCCGGCCGCGGGCGGCGAGAAGAACGGGCUGGUGAUGAAGAUCCCGCCGGAGGAAGAGGAGGAGGCGGCUCUGGGCGGCGCCGGCGGCUCGGGCAGCCCCAAAUUCACGGGGCUGGGCAAGGAGGAGCUGCUGCGGGAGGCGGGGACGCCGCUCUGGGCCCGCGCCCGCCUGGUGCUGCUGGUGCUGUUCUGGGGGGGCUGGCUGGGCAUGCUGGGGGCCGCUGCUGCCAUCGUGGCCCAGGCCCCUCGCUGCCAGCCCCUGCCCAGCAAGAGCUGGUGGGACCUGGGGGUGCUCUACAGAGCCCCCCCCCGCGCCUUCGGGGGAGAUCUGAAAGGUGUGGAGAAACGUUUGGGGUACCUGAAGGAGAAGCUGCAGGUGGGGGGGCUGGUGCUGGGCCCCGUGUACCCCCAAAAACCUGCAGGGGCCAAAAUCCCCCCCCUGAAGGAGCUGGACCCCACCCUGGGCAGCCUCCAGGACUUCAGUGCCCUGGUGCAGACAGCCAAGGACAAAGGGCUGAAGGUGAUCCUGGACCUGACCCCAAACCCCUCCGGCGGCUCCGUCUGGGGGGAUGCAGCCAACGACACUGAGGUUCACCUGCAGGUCAAGGCUGCCCUGAGCCAUUGGCUGAAGCAGGACAUCGCUGGGAUCUUCCUGGAUGGGAUUGAGGAGCUGCAGGCCUCGGUGGUGGCCGAGUGGAGGAACCUGACGGAGCAGCAGCCGAGCCCCAGCGGUGUGGACAGGGUGCUGGUGGGGGGCACACAGCUGCAGGAGCCCUGGCGGGUGCUCGGGGCCCCCCAGGGGCCGCAGCUGCUGCUGGGGCCGUUCCUGCAGCCCCUGGAGCCCAGCGCGGAGCGGGAGCUGCCCGAGGGCGCCCUCAGGGACCUGCUCAACUUCCUCAACUCCUCCUCCUCAGGGCUGGGCUGGAGCGUGGGGUCCCCGUGGCAGUCCUGGGUGAGGCCCGAGCUGCGGCUGCAGCAGCUGCUGCUGCUCUGGGGGCUCCCCGGGACCCCCGUGCUGUCCUACGGCGACGAGGUGGCGCUGGCUCGGCCCUCGGGGAACCAGGAGAUGUUGCCGAUGCCGUGGGAACUCAUCGAGGAAAAGGGCGGGAACAACUCUGAGGCUGCAGCAGCCCUGGAGCUGUGCAGGGGCCUGUCCGUGCUGCGGGCCCGCGAGCGCUCGCUGCUGCUGGGGCAGGCCCGGGCCGUGCGCGCGGGCCCAGCCGUCGCCAUCCUGCGCUUCUGGGACCAGAACGAGCGUUUCCUGCUGGUGCUGAACCCCCACGGCUCCGAGCUCAAACCCUUCUCUGCCAGCAGGAGCCCCGGGGAGCCCGGGGUGCCCGUGCUGCCCCACAAGGUCACCCUGCGCUACAGCACCGGCCCCGGCGUGCCCGGGGAGCAGCAGCUGCAGCUGGGGGAGCUCAGGCUGGGGCCCUACGAGGGGGUUCUGCUCAGCUUCCCCUACAGCCCAGUCUGACCCCACAGCUGCACCCCUCUUUUGGGGGGGGGGUCUCACACUCAGCUCCCCUCAGUGAUUUUUUGGGUUCUUAUCCCGCUUUCUCCACCCCCAAAUUGGUUUUUUGGGGGUUUUUCUUCUCUUUUACCACACUCCUAUUUUGGGGGUUUUUCUUUCUGUUCUGGGGGAAUUGGGGUCCCCCUCAAAUACUGAAUAAAUAAAUUGCAUUUGUG